AUGUUCAAAUACAUGAUAUUCAGAGAAGCAUUUACAUUAAAGAAGGUUUUCGAAAACAUUCUCAACAAGGAAAAUAAGAUAUAUCUUCAAGAUGAUUCAGGAUAUCGAUUAGUUGUUCAAAAGUUCAUAGAAUCCGACGUACUUCAAGAAUGCAUUGAACGAUUGAAACUACCACCACCUCCAUCAAUGCAACACCUUGAAUCUAUCGCUGAUAUGAUGUUUAGAAUGAAACCUUACUUAACCGCGGAACUCUUUGGUGAACUACUUAAUUCUUUUCUCGGAUAUGUUCGUAACUACACAUUUCCAGCCUCAUUUAAAGAUACUUCUGUUUUCUUUCCGUUAUUAUCUUAUCUUGACAACUCCGGACCAGCCAUUUCUGCAGCUCUUAAUGCCGUGAAGAAUAUAAUGAAGUCAAGCUUCUAUGAUGGCAUAAGAUUAUACGAACUUCUUAUUGAUUUUACUAAGAAAGAAGUUUUUAUUGAAUAUAUCAAAACAAAUGAACUCCAUAAAUACUAUAUGGCAGGAAGAUUCAACAUAAAAGAUGUCCCAAAGACGUUUAAUUACUUCGUUCAGGCGAAUGUGUUGACAUCUCAAGAUUUAGAGAAAAUUUUUGAAUAUAAUGAUAUUUUUUAUUUGGCAACAUCACUGUACGACAGAGCUCGUGAGGUUUUACAUAUGCUUCCCCAGCAAAAAGUUGUAGAUUUAUUACAAUAUCCGACAAAUUUCAGCCAGGAACUAGUUGAAACGACAACCCAGUAUCCAUCCGAACUACUUACAGGAAAUAUUCGCGUUCACCCUUCGAUAGAAAACCAAUUUUACGAAUUAAUCCAAAAAAGGAUUAUUCAAAACAAGGAAUUCGUAUUACUCGACACAUUAUUGAAAUGCCAUUGUAACUACUUUACGCAUGAGUUCAGAGAUUUGAUCUAUCGCCAGUACAAAACUAAUGAAGUCCUUAAAAACUUUUUGAUUGCGUACUUCGAGACAACAGAAUCCGAAAUGCCAUCAGAGUUCAUCACUGCUUUCAUGGAUGCAAACCUUUUCUCGUAUCUCGACAAGUUUUUGUUGAGAACUCAAUUAAAUGCGUUCAGUAACGCUGGAUUUAAGUUUGUAAAUACUUGCAUACAGAUGGUGAAGUAUCCAACAGCUCCAAAAGACCAAAUAAAGUUCAUCGUAGAUUUUAUUUAUUAUUAUGCCAUGAAACAAGGCGAAAUUUCUCCUGAUUUCGUCAUAGAGACCUUCCCAAUCUCGAAUAUGAACAUUUUGGUCCACGCUUAUCAAGUAACUCCGCCGGAAAUCGCUCAAAUUCCUCAUGACGCUUUAAUCAACAUCAUGAAGUCCAAAAAUGCCGCUGCUUAUGACUUCUUGUUCUAUUACCUCAACCAAGCGAACAAACCUUUCUUGAAAUUGAAGAUUUUGGAAUUAUUUAGAGAUUUGACAGUGGAACUUGAACAAAAUAUGGUUCUAAAUGAGUAUAAUGUCUACAGAUUUAUCGAUCAAUACCCGAAUCUUUCAGUUUUAGUAAGGUUUCCAAAUGGAUUUGUUCUUCAAUUGGCAGCAAACGCUGAUUCGUCAUUAAACUUGAUUGCAAAGAAAGUAUAUAAUCUCACUGGCCUCACAGUUACUUGUUUCAUCCAUGAUCAAAGGAAAAUUCAGCCAAAUUCCAAAACAAUUUCAGAAUUAAAGAUCCAGAACCACGGAACGAUCAAUAUUGAGUGCACAGGUACAUACCAACAGCCAUUUAUCCCAUCUGUGUACAUUUCCCAGAAAGAUUUGCAAACAAUAAUUUUCCAAAUUUCCACAACUCCUGAUUUCAAUGAACUCUCAUGGGAACUGUUAGCUAUGAUGCCAUUAAGUCAAAAGAUCACACCAGAAAUGAUUUUACCUACUCUAAAAGACGAAAUUACUCUUCCAUACGUCAGAUAUCUUCUUAAAUGCGCUCUAAACAUGGGUGUUCAUGUUGUUAUAGUUGCGACCAAAUAUAUGCUCGAUCCUUACCUUACAAAUGAGUGUUUGGACUGCAUUAUGGCAUAUCCAGCAGAUUUUGAUCAGAAAAACUUCACUCUUUUCUACAAAAUCAUUGACAACGAACGUACACCUUAUGUUAUCAACGCUGUUGCUAAAUUACAUCCAGAUUUGGCAAAUGCAGAAUUAUCUGAAGUAGUUUGCAACUCUUUACAAUCAGAAAAGCAAUGGCACUCCAUGAAAGUGAUUGCUCUUUCAUUCCCGUCGUUCUCCGAUGACAUUGUUCAGCAAGCCUCGAUGAUUUUGAGUGAAGAUUACUCAGAAUCAGCCAAAGAAGCGAUUUCCUUAUUGUGGCAAGACUGCACAGUACCAACAUUACUAACGGCAUGCAAGUCUCUUAAUAAAUACGACAGAAAAGACUGCAUUUCAAUAAUAUGUCAAAUUUUAGUCAGUGGAAGGAUAACAGCAAACGAUGCAGAUUAUUUCGUUGGAGAGUUUAUCAAAUGCGGAGUUGCCACAUUGCAAGAUUUCUACUUUAUUUCGGCCUGUAAAGUGGCGGAGUAUCAUGGCUCUCCAACUUUCAACGCUUUCCUGCAAUCGAUAUCGGAAUACAGGGUUGUAGAGUGGAAUUACGAUCCUAAAGUAGUCAAAAAGGCUAAAGUUGCAACAGGUUUACGAAAUUUGGGCGCAACUUGCUAUUUGAAUGCUGUUAUACAACAGUUAUUGCAUCUUCCAAUGUUAUUCGCUGAAAUUAAUGAACUCCAGCCAUCUAGUCUUUGGAUUGACCACUUACAGGAGCUUAUGAGAGAAAUGAAGCUGACAAACAAACAAUUUUCAGAUCCUUCCAAGAUAAUUGAAGAAUUCAAUGGAUUUGGAACUAAAUUAAACCCUCAUGAACAACAAGAUGCCAGUGAAUUCCUCUUGUCACUUUUGAACGCACUCCCCAUUAAAAAACAUUUUGAAUGCAAAAUAAUCGACGACGAUAAAGGGGAUGAUUUUCUAAUUUUACCCUUAUCGUUAGAGAAAGAUACAUUAGACUUAAAUGACUAUAUUAUUACACAGUGGCCUAAUAUUCUCUGUUUGCAGCUCUCAAGAUUCGAUUUCAGCAAAUCAAAUGGAGAAAGAUACAAAAUUAACAAGGCAUUCACUUUCCCACUUGAAAUAGACUUCGGAAAGAAGAAAUAUAAGCUCAAUGGCGUCAUAAAUCAUAAAGGAACUCCUGAUUCCGGUCAUUAUAUCUCUUUUGUACGCAAAGAUGAUCAAUGGAUACUAAUAAACGACACAGAAUCAUCAAUAGUACCAGAAGAUCAAUUCCUGCAAGAGGUUUAUGGUCAUAAAUCACAAGAUGAAUCAGCAUAUCUCAUAUUUUACGUGCAAGAAGGGUUUAAUGACAGGGAAACUCAUAUUCCAUCCGAUAUUGUUGAGGUUAUUGAAGCAAAUAACCACAGUCACGCUCAAAAACUCCUGGCAUUUGAAGAUUUUUGUUUCGAAGUUAUGCCAAAAGCUUCUUACGGUACAUUAAUUGCAUACUUUGCCAACAUCUAUAUCCAUUCCCGUAAGGCAGAAUCAGCUACGAUCUUCAGAACAGCUUUAUUCAACAAAUUAGGUGCAGAAAAGACAGCAAUCUUCACUCUAAACUACUUCCUGAACAAUGUAGAGCAUGCAUUUGCCAACAUUGUCUCUCAAGAUAUCUCCAAAUUGUUGAUGGACAUAAUUAUUGUCUGUUUUAACCUCGCAGGAGCCUCAAAUUCCCUUGAUUUCGCAACAAGUCUUCUCAGAACAUUCGCAGAAACAGCUUCUCAGUGGAGACAAGCUAAUUAUAUGUUACCAAUAUUUGAUUCUUUCCUUAAACUCAACGGAUCCAUCCAAUUAGCCCAAGAACGUAAUUGGGGAACACUUUUAGCCGAAGUUUGUGCAUCAGCUCUUUCUCCAGACAGAUCUCCAACUUUUCUUGAGAAUUGCGACAUUUCUCCAUUAUUAGUAUUCCUUAAUGCCACAGCCACAUCAUCCACAGAUGCCCAUUGUCUAAGGAACAUCAGCCAAACCAUCAGCCAUUCUCCGAAAUCUGUUCCUCAUUUCUACCAUUCCAUAGAACACCUCUGCGGCAUCAACGCUGUUCCUCUUGCAGAAGGUUGUGCGUAUUUCAUCGAUGGCCACACGAUAGAUCGCAAACAAUCUCUUGUUUAUUCAAGAAUUGUUCACUGCCAAACUCGCCAAGACCUAGAAAUGCUGUACAACGAGGCUGCAGGAAUAGAAGUGUCCAGAUUCGCAAUUAUAAACCAAUUGAUGAAAUAUUCCGCAUCUCCAAAUAUUCAUCAAACGAUUUUUGCCAAAUUUUCGAUUCUCUGCGUUGGCGGCCUUUUCUCUGACGAUGCAGAUGAAAGAGCUGCUGCAAAAGCGCUCACAGAAUGCAUGGCAAGCCAACAAACCGUUCAAAUGAUGAAUGAAAUUCUCAUGUCAACGCAAAAUCCAACAGUUGAUUUCAUGAGAGCUUUGAUUAUUUGCACGAAGAAAGUUGUUGAUCCAAAUUCACCACUUCCCAUGAUUCUCGAGCCAUUAAUGAACCUUCUAACAAUAGAUAAUUUGAGGACACACAAAGAGCAUUUACUACUUUUGUUGUGUUAUUCAGAUGAAAGAAUUGAUUCCGCGUUUUACAACAUUACGAAAUCAAUUUUGGAAUUGGACAGGCAGAGUUUCCCUUACAUCGCAAGUAUACUACAGUUCAUUCACCCAAGAGUUGUUGGAGCUCUGUUCAUGUUGGAAGGCUGGAGAGAAUGCGCAAGAACUCUCAAAGAUCCUUCUCAAUUUAUCGAUUUUUUGAGAGGAACAAACUUUUUGAGAGCUUUACAAAUAGCAGCAGCUGUUGCAUUAGAAAGGAGAGAUACUCAGAGAUUAACAUUAUUAGCACAGUAUUUGACGACAGAUGCUGAUAUCCAAGACGCAGCGAUUGUUGCAAUACAAGCUAAUCAAUGGUCAGUUAUCACACAAUUGGCGAAUUCACUGAAAAACUUCAGAAUUCCGCCACAAAUUGCAGCAAGUAUUGCUUUGCAGGAUUCACACGCAAUGGCACUUUAUUGCGAGAUGAGAGACAAAGCAGCGAUUAUCCAAGAACUAAAGAAUAUGGAUGACAUCGGUGGAGCUGCUUCAGCAGCUAUUGCUGAGAUUGAUCCUUUGGAAGGUUUGGCAAUAUUAAAUAGAACGAAGGAACCGGGAACAACAAGAAUUUUGGACGUUUUGUCUACUAAAAACAUCCCUGCUUCUUCAGCUGAAAUCGCUCUGAAAAUAUUCAUCCAGCCAAUGGAUUUAGCGAGAAGAAACUUUUGCUUGAGAGUUUUGAAGAUCCCUGGUGUUGAUGCAUCAAAAUUUGCCCAGAAAGUUCAGUUUAACCAACUUGAUGAUAUAGUUAGAGUCGGGAUUCUCCUCGAAAGUAAUCCGAAACUCGUUGAAGCUUUGGCUCCUUAUAUUGCCAACUUGAUGAAGAUGGAAUGGUACAAUCUCGCACCCCUUGUAUACGCAAAUGAUAAGAGAACAAUAGAAUCAGCUAUGAUGUCAUUAUACAUGAAGACUAACGCAAAUAUGGCUGAUGCUUUGUUCAUUCAAAAGUAA